UAUAGGCUUAACCACCUCCAGAAUAUUAUUUCAUAUAUACCCUCUUAUUGGGUGUCACAAGCAUGCCUUCCAUCCUCUGAAACAAUAUGGAAGUGCUUGUUUAUUUAGACACCAUUUUAGUCCCCUUGAGCUUCUUCCUUCUGAUAGGCUACCAUGUCUAUCUAUGGUACACCUUCAAGGCCAAACCCUCUCUUACCACCAUUGGAAUUGACUCAAUGAGAAGAAGAAAAUGGUUUCUAGAAAUUAUGGAGGCUGAUGGUAUGAAGGGGAUGCUGGUAAUCCAAAGCUUGAGAAACACUCAAAUGGUGGCAAUAUUCACAGCUUCUACAGCAAUUGCUUUAAGCUUGACUUUGGCAGCUCUCACCAACAAUGCUUACAAUGCAAGUCACCUCGUUAUCAAAAGCCCAUUUUUUGGUUCGCAGUCUGGAAGCAUCUUUGCUCUGAAAUAUGGGUUGGCCUCAUUUCUCAUGUUGUUUAGCUCAUUAUUCAGCUCCAUGGCGACCGGGUUCCUGAUCGAUACCAUUUUUCUAAUAAACGCUUCUUUUGAGUUCUCAUAUUCCGGAAUCACAGAAACCCAACUUGAAAAAGGGUACAUGUUGGCUCUUAUUGGCAACAGGUUGCUUUGUAUUUCCUUUCCCAUGUUGUUGUGGUUGUUUGGUCCAAUGCUUGUUGCAUUGUCUUCCCUGGCCUUGGUUUGGUGGCUUUAUGAGCUUGAUUUUGCUGCCAAACUCAGCACAAGCAGUAGGCAAAGCCUUAGUUGAAGAAGAAAUCAAGCAUACAUGCAACAUGUACGUACGCAUAUUUUUGCAAUAGGCAUAGGGCUUGUCUUUCCCUAAUUUUUAUACAUGUGCCAUCAGCAAGUGUAGUUACAGGUAUCACCUUUUGAAAUACGACUUGUAGAUGCAACAGACAGUUGCAAAUUUUGAAUAUUGAUGCAUUGUGAGCCUCAUGUGCAUUAAUAUAUAGUCAAAAUUGCUUGGACUCACAAUGCAUCAACUGCAAAAAAAUGUCGUUUGAAUUU